AUGACAACAGCAUUAAUAGAUGUUCUUAUGAGCGCGGAGUUGGACAUGUCGUUACGUCAUUCGAACAAGAAGGCACGUGACAACAAGGAGAACAACAACAGCAACUCAUUGUGGAAGAACAAACCAUUCCUGGUUGGAAUAACGAGCGGCAUGAUAGCAGUGACCGUCUUCACAUCUAUACUCAUCUGCUAUUUUGCCUUCCAAUUGUAUGUUAUACAUGUAGCACUUUCUUAUUUAUUGAAACGAAAAAGUCGCAGAACCAGGAAGAAGAACAAGCAACGCCACAAAGUAGUCGACAACAACAGCUCUCACCAGAGGUCAGACGCUGUGAACGAUUUCGACCAUCAACUUUCAUGUCCGAGUAUCAACAACAUCAACAACGUGAACAUUCACAACAACAACAACAUCAUCACCAACAGCAUCAUCAGUUCAAACAAUAUUUUUCCUAACCAAGCUGAAAUCAAACCGCUCAUAAAACCAGGCAUGAAUAAUGAUCAGCAGAAAUAUUAUAAGCAUCACUCUCUCUCUAGGUCACAGCAGUCGCACAACCAUAUACAUCACCCGCAUGAUGUCGUUUUUGAGGAAACAUCGUUGGCUUUCAACAAAUUUUCAACUAACCAACAUGAGAUGUCCUUUGUAAAGCAACACCCUUCAAAAACACUGAUGUCAUCAAAAAACAUAUAUAACCCACCCACUAAUAACAACUUCAACAACAGCAACAACAACAACUACAACAACAACUACUCAUACUCAUCUGGUUGCCAAACAUUAAGAUCAACUAACACGCUUCCUCUCUACUCACCUCAACAAAAAUUUCACCAAAACUAUCACCAACAACAAACCCAUGAACAGCAUCAAAACAAGCAACAACAACAACAACCUCAGUGUUAUCAACAAAACAGCAACACACAACAACAGACCAGCAAACAGCAGCAAAUUGCAACAAUCUUCCCAACUCAAUACGUCGCCAACACAAAAAAUAACAACAUCGCAAACUCAUUGUGUUUUCAACAUUCCGCUUUCUCAUCAGCAGCAUCAACAGCAACUUCAGCAGCAACAGCAGCAACAACAUCAAACGCCACAAAAAGUGUAACAUGGUCACCUGUCCUGGAUCAGUUGCUGAUGAUGCCACAUGAAGAUAGUUCAUUCAGUGACGAAACAACUGCCAUCAACAACUUCAACAACUCUGCCAUACUUCAACCGAAUAAAAUUCAACUUACUUUCUGUAAUAAUAAUCGCAAGAGCAACACUUUGAACAGAUACAACAACAACAACAGCAACACCAACAAUACACUUUUUAAAGACAUCUAUAGCGACUUUUCAUACGAUCCAUACUCACGUGACAACAAUAACAACAACACAACAUUAUGUACUUCAUCUAACAAAGACAACAACACAUCUCUUAUUAAUGACCCAUACCCAAACGCCAACGCUGAUUCGUUGUCUUCAUCGCUGACGUCACUCUUGAACAACCAAUCAGAUGACACUUGUAGAUUAACCCCUGUUCUUGAAGAUGCGAGCAAUGUUGUUGUUGAUCGUUGCUCUGCAUUUGAACCGGUGGCAGUACGAGCAAAAAACAAAACGCUGUUGACUGAUGUAUAG